CACUCCAGCCUGGGCGACAGACCCUGUCUCAAAAGAAAAAAAAAAAUGUUAAUUAAGCAUUUGUGCUGUUAGGGGAGGAGAACACCCCUCAUAUUGUUUUAUGCCCAAUUUCUGCCUCCAAAGAAACAAGUAAAACUAAAAGGCGGAAAUGAAAUCCACAGGCAGACAGCCGGGCGCCACACCCUGGGCCUGGUUAAAGAUCGACCCCUGACCAAACCGGUUAUGUUAUCUAUGGAUUCCAGACAUUCUAUGGAAAAGCACUGAAAAUCCCUGUCCUGUUCUGUUCUGUUCUGAUUACCAGUGCAUGCAGCCCCCAGUUGUGUACCCCCUGCUUGCUCAAUCAAUCACGACCCUCUCAUGUGGACCCCCUUAGAGUUGUAAGCCCUUAAAAGUGACAGGAAUUCCUCACUUGGGGAGCUCGGUUGUUGGAGAUGUGAGUCUUGCCAGAGCUCCUGGCUGAAUAAAGCCCUUCCUUCUUUAACUCGGUGUCUGAGGGGUUUUGUCUGCAGCUUGUCCUGCUACAUUUCUUGGUUCCCUGAGCGGGAAGCCAGGUGAUUAACAGAUGGUUGAGGCAGCCCGUUAGGCAGCUUAGGCCUGCCCUGUGGAGCAUCCCUACAGGGGACUCUGGCCAGCUUGAGGGACGCAGAACCUGAGAGCACUCCCAGGUAGGCAAUUGCUCUGGUGGAACACCUCGCCAGAGCGGCGCAUGGCAGGACCCCACAGAGGAUCAAUGCAGUGGCUGAACACUGGGACGAAACAGGCACUUGGAGUCCAGACAUCUGAAACUUAGUAAGACUAGUCUUUGGAACUUGCCCACUCCAUUUGAGUGGAAGGGUGGCCUGAUCACCCACGGUGUACCUGUACUGGCACUUUGGUUUUUGUUUUUGACUUGACUUGGAUUGCUUGAUACUUUGGUUUUGGUUUUGACCUGGCUUGGAUUUCUGGAUACUCUGAUUUUGGUUCUGAUUCUGGUUUGGUGUAAACUGUAAAAGUGUGUGUGUGCCCUUUUUACCUGUUCUUUGUUUUGUGGUGUGUGUGUGGUGUGAGCGUGGUGUUUUGUCUCAAAGAAGCAUGGGUCAGACACAAAGUAAGCCCACUUCACUAGGAACUAUGUUGAAAAAUUUCAAGAAGGGAUUUAAGGGAGAUUACGGUGUUACUAUGACACCAGGAAAACUUAGAACUUUGUGUGAAAUAGACUGGCCAGCAUUAGAGGUGGGUUGGCCAUCAGAAGGAAGCCUGGACAGGUCCCUUGUUUGAAAGGUAUUGUGUCUGGAAUUGGUUACUUCUGGUGGGUUCUUGAUCUCGCUGACUUCAAGAAUGAAGCCACAGACCCUCACCGGCAUCGUUAAAGUUCUUAAAGAUGGUAUGUCCGGAGUUUGUUCCUUCAAAUAUUCAGAUGUGUCUGGAGUUUCUUCCUUCUGGUGGGUUCGUGGUCUCACUGGCUUCAGGAGUGAAGGUGCAGAUCUUCGUGGUGAGUGUUACAGCUCGUAAAGGCAGUGCAGGCCCAAAGAGUGAGCAACAGCAAGAUUUAUUGUGAAGAGCGAAAGAACAAAGUUUCCACAGCAUGGAAGUGGACCCGGGUGGGUUGCUGCUACUGGCUGGCAAGCUUUUAUUCCCUUAUGUGGCCCCACCCACAUCCUGCUGAUUGGUCCAUUUUACAGAGCCCUGAUUGGCCGAUUUUACAGAGCGACAGAGCGAGACUCCAUCUCAAAAAAAAAAAAAAAAGAAGAAUCUUAUUUUGAAGCCAAAACCAUCAGAGUGACAAUUCCAAUUAUGUGCUGAGCAUAAUUCCAUCUGUUAGACAUCAGUGCUAACAUUUCUCUGAGGCCCUAAGUUUUUUCACCAUCUACUGAUGUUUCCUCAGAACUACUUCUGUCAGAACUGUUGAAUAAUUACCUAGUCAGUGUUUUUGGUUUUUUUUUUCACAAGGAGUCUCACUCUGUCGCCCAGGCUACAGUGCAACAGCUCAAUCUCAGCUCACUGUUAGCUCUGCCUCCGGGGUUCAAGCAAUUCUUCUGCCUCAGCCUCCCAAGUAGUUGGGAUGAAAGGUGCGUGCCACCACGCCCAAUGAAUUUUGUAUUUUUAGUAGAGACAGGGUGUCACCAUAUUGGCCAGGCUGGUUUCGAACUCCUCACCUGGUGAUCUGCCCGCCUCGGCCUCCCAAAAUGCUGAGAUUACAGGCGUGAGCCACCGUGCCUGGCGUAUCUAGUUAGUAUUAACAGGCUUUUGUAUCUUGCAUUUUACAACUGUUUCUCUCAGGUAAUUUUCAUUUUUCAUGCAGAACACUCCCUGUUCUCUUAAGAUACAUCAAUGAUAAUCACUUCCCAUCAAUGACAUGAACUCAUGGAUUUAACAAAUGCCCAGUAUGACCAGAUGGAGAGCACCACCAUUAAGGACUGUAGCUAUUACCACUACCAAGCUACCAAAUCUUUUAUUGUUGUUUACAUAUAUAUGACUGACUUCAAAUUCCUAAAAGGAGUUGAAUAUAAGUUAGAAUAUCAAGCAAAGGAUACUAAGUGGGUAAAAGUGUUGCACAAUUAGUUGAAUGCUACAAUUGAUUUGUGAACCUCCCAAAUUUGAGACAGGUCUCAGUUCAUUUGAAAAGUUUAUUUUGCCAGCCAGGCUCAGUGGCUCACUCCUGUAAUCUCAGCACUUUAGGAGGCCAAGACAGGCAGAUCACGAGGUCAAGAGAUCGAGACCAUCCUGGCCAACAAGGUGAAACCACUAAAAAUACAAUAAUUAGCUGGGCAAGGUGCUGCACGCUUGUAGGCCCAGCUACUCGGGAGCCUAAGGAAGGAAAAUCGCUUGAACCCGGGAGACAGAGGUUGCAGUGAGCCAAGAUCUGGCCGCUGCACUCCAGUCUGGUGACUGAGGGAGACUCCAUCUCAAAAAAAAAAAAAAAGUUUAUUUUGCCAAAGGUGAGGACGCAUGCCUGUGACACAGCUUCAGGAAGUCUUGACAACACGUGCCCAAGGUGGUUGGGGCACAGGUUGUAUUUUUUGUUUUGUUUUGUUUUGUUUCAAACGGAGUCUCCCUCUGUCGACCACGCUGGAGUGGAGUAGCGCCAUUUCUGCUCAACUGAAAGCUCCGCCUUCCAGGCUCAGGCCAUUCUCUUGCCUCAGCCUCCCGAGUAGCUGGGACUACAGGCACCCACCACCAGGAUGGCUAAUUUUUUUUUUUUUUGUAUUUUUACUAGAAACGGGGUUUCACCAUGUUAGCCAGGAUGGUCUGGAUCUCCUGACCUCGUGAUCCGCCCACCUCCUCCUGCCAAAGUUCUGGGAAUACAGGCAUGAGCCACUGCGCCGGCCGGUUUUGUACAUUUUAGGGGGACAUGAGACAUCAGUGAAUAUAUGUCAGAAGUACAUUGGUUCCGACCAGAAAGGCAGGGACAAGUCCAAGGAGGGAGGGGACUUCCAGGUCACAUGUAGGUGAGAGGCAAAUAGUUGGAUUCUUUUUAGUUUCUGAUAAGCCUUUCCAAAGGAGGCAAUCAGACUAUGCACCUAUCUCAGUGAGGAGAGGGAUGACUGAAUAGAACGGGAGGCAAGUUUGCCCUGAGCAGUUCCCAGCUUGACUUUUCCCUUUAGCUUAGUAAUUUUGAGGCCACAAGAUUUUCCUUUCACAGAUUCUACCAGCAGGAGAGUUGUUUUCUGUAGGAAUCACAGAGAUUCACCUUUGCACUCCUGCUUUAGGGGAGCACAUCGCUAACGUCCUUGAUUUGCCUUAGGGACGCUAAUGCUUCUGAGGGCCUUCAGAAACAUCAUAACAUAGUAAAGCUCAUCAGCCUCUGCUUCCAGUGCAGGUGUUUUGCGACUGAACGACUGUUUCAAAGGGUAUGGUAAUUUGCAUUUUUAGCCUUUGGGAGAAUGCUAAAUAAUAAUUUUAGCUUGAACUCCCUGUUAUUUACCUUGAGCUCCCCAAAAUCUGAAGUAGUAUUUUUCCAAAUUCUUGAGUGAUUAGUUACAGACACUAGUCUCCAGGAAUCUCAAUACGGCUUCUAAGGCUAGGUGAGACCAGUCCUCUGCCCUAGAAGGGCGCACUUUUUUUUUUUCUUUUGAGACAGAGUCUCGCGCUGUCGCCCAGGCUGGAGUGCAGUGGCGCGAUCCCGGCUCACUGCAAGCUCCGCCUCCGGGGUUCACGCCAUUCUUGUGCCUCAGCCUCCCGAGUAGCUGGGACCACAGGCGCCCGCCACGACGCCCGGCUAAUUUUUUGUGUUUUUAGUAGACACGCGGUUUCACCGGGUUAGCCAGGAUGGUAUCGAUCUCCUGACCUGCGAUCCGCCCGCCUCAGCCUCCCAGAGUGCUGGGAUUACAGGCGUGAGCCACCCCGCCCGACCUCAGGGCGCACUUUUAAGGAGAGUUCCUGACCUGAAGGUGGGCUUUUCCUGCAGAUGCGCCUCUGGGUAGCGCCCUCUUCAUAGCCUUGAAACCUCGUGAACUACAUUACUCAGAAAGCUCUGCGUUGAACGAAUGCCAUCAGAGCCAAUGAGGGCUCGGAAAGAAGCAUUUCCGUGUGUGCACUUAAUGUAGGGCCGAGACUUCCGGGGUCCUCUAGUAGCGGCUACAUUGAUCUGCGAUACGCAUGUUUACCCUGUUUGUGGCCCCGGACUGCUAGGUGAGACUGCGGUGACUGAACCUAGAAGGUGGAGAGGAACCGUCCUCGGUGCACAGAGGCGGCUUUGCAGCCCGGUGACCGCGCCCGCUGCUCCCCGGCCGUGCUUUCCCCAAGUAGUCCGAUGGCUGCAGCUGCGUCGAGGCGCCCUGCUCAGCAGGGCACUGUGACCUUUGAAGAUGUGGCUGUGAACUUUUCCCAGGAGGAAUGGAGUCUUCUUAGUGAGGCUCAGAGGUGCUUGUACCGUGAUGUGAUGCUAGAGAACCUGGCUCUCAUAUCCUCGCUGGAUUGUUGGUGUGGAUCAAAAGAUGAGGAGGCACCAUGUAAGCAGAUAAUGUCUGUACAAAGAGAGUCUCAGAGCAGGACUCCCAGGGCAGUUAUUUCUCCUAAGAAGGCUCACCCCUGUGAAAUGUGUGGCCUCAUCUUAGGGGAGGUUUUUCACUUUGCUGACCACCAGGAAACUCAUCACAAGCAGAAGCUGAACAGGAGUGGAGCAUGUGGAAAAAACUUGGAUGACACUGCAAACCUUCAUCAGCGCCAGAAGCAGCAUAUUGGAGAGAAAUUCUACAGAAAGAGUGUCAGAGAAGCAUCGUUUUUAAAGAAACGUAAGUGCAGGGUGUCACAGGAGCCAUUUGUCUUCUGUGAGUUUGGGAAGGACGUUCUGCCCAGUUCAGGAUUACGCCAAGAAGAAGCUGCUUACCCUGUAGAGAAGACAGACAGUGAAACUACGCAUGGCCCACCCUUUGAGGAGGGAAAAUCUAAUUACAGGUGUGGAAAACGCACAAGAGCCUUCAGCACCAAACACUCAGCUAUUCCACACCAGAAACUUUUCACUAGAGAUGGAUGUUAUAUGUGCAGUGAUUGUGGAAAAUCCUUUAGCAGAUAUGUCAGCUUCAGUAAUCAUCAGCGAGAUCACACUGGAAAAGGACGUUAUGAGUGUAGAGAGUGUGGGAAAUCUUAUAGUCGAAAGAGCAGCCUCAAUCAACAUCAACGAGUUCACACUGGAAAGACAGCUUAUCCCUGUGAAGAAUGUGGGAAAUCUUUUAGUCAGAAGGGCAGCCUUAUUAGCCAUCAGCGUGUUCACACUGGAGAAGGGCCUUAUGAGUGUGGAGAAUGUGGGAAAUCUUUUCAUCAAAAGGGUAACCUCAUUCAACAUCAGCGAGGUCACACUGGAGAGCGAGCUUAUCACUGUGGGGAAUGUGGGAAAUCUUUUCGUCAGAAGUUUUGCCUUAUUAACCAUCAGCGUGUUCACACUGGAGAAAGGCCUUACAAGUGUGGAGAAUGUGGGAAAUCUUUUGGUCAAAAGGGCAACCUCGUUCACCAUCAGCGAGGUCACACUGGAGAAAGGCCCUAUGAGUGCAGGGAAUGUGGGAAAUCAUUUAGGUACAGAUCCCACCUCACUGAACACCAGAGACUUCACACUGGGGAAAGACCUUACAACUGUAGGGAAUGUGGGAAAUUAUUUAACAGGAAGUAUCAUCUUCUUGUUCAUGAGAGAGUUCACACUGGAGAAAGGCCAUAUGCGUGUGAGGUAUGUGGGAAAUUAUUUGGUAAUAAGCACAGUGUGACUAUACAUCAGAGGAUUCACACUGGAGAAAGGCCAUAUGAAUGCAGUGAAUGUGGGAAAUCAUUUCUUUCCAGCUCUGCACUUCAUGUUCAUAAAAGAGUUCAUUCUGGACAAAAGCCUUAUAAGUGCAGUGAAUGUGGAAAAUCCUUUUCUGAAUGUUCCAGUCUCAUUAAACACAGGAGAAUUCAUACUGGAGAAAGGCCUUAUGAAUGCACCAAAUGUGGAAAAACAUUUCAGCGAAGCUCUACCCUCCUUCAUCAUCAGAGUUCACACAGGAGAAAGGCCUUAUGACAGCAGUGAACAUGAGAAAUCCUUUGCUGAAACAUCCAGACUCAUUAAACACAGGAGAGUUCAUACUGGAGAAAGGCCUCAUGACUGCUGUCAACGUAGAAAACAUCAGAAUGUCUGCUCUCCUUGGUUUUAAGAGACUUCGCAUUGAGAUGGAGUCUCGUUCUGUCACCCAGGCUGGAGUGCAGUGGUGCAGUCUUGGCUCACUGCAACUUGGGCCUCCCAGGUUCAUGCGAUCCUCCUACCUCAGCCUCCCGAGUAGCUGGGAUUAUGAGUACACACCACCACGCCCAGCUAAUUUUUGUAUUUUUAGUGGAGAUGGGGUUUUACCAUGUUGGCCAGGCUGGUCUCGAACUCCUGAUCUCAACUGAUCCACCCACCUUGGCUCCCAAAGUGUUGAAAUUACAGGCAUGAGCCUCUUCACCCGGCCUUCAUUCUUUUCAUAUUGCUUAGAAUAUGACAUGCUGAACAAGGCAUGGUGGCUCAUGCUUGUAAACCUGAUGCUUUGGGAGGACAAGGUGGUUCAUUUGAGGCCAGGAGUUAGUGAUCAGCCUGGGCAACAUAGCCAGACCUCCUCUCUACAAAAAGAAAAAAGAAUGACAUGCUAUGAAAACUUACUGUAUAUCAUUCAUCUGUUGAAGUGUAUUUCAGUUGCUUCUUGUUUUUGUCUGUUUUAAAUAAAACUGCUAUAUUUGAAUGCAGUUGUUCAUAUAGGUAUGUUUCACUAUGGUAAUAUGGUGGUGUGCAGUGCCUGAGUCACAUGAUAGAUUAAAGUACAACUCUUUUUUGAGUGAUCUGCCCACCUCGGCUUCUCAGGUGUGACCUACUGCGCUCGGCCUAGUGUACAACUUUUUAAGCAAUGCCAAACUAUGACUUAAGAAUAAAAUUAUUGCUCUUGUUUGUAUAUCUACCAUCAGUGUCCAAGAAUUUAUUCUAUCAUCUUACCAAGAGGGAGUAUGGUUAGUAUUUGAAAUUGUUUAUUAUCUUAAUAAGUGGUUAUAGCUUUUUGAGUCAAUGGUUUAUGUUUUGCAUAUUUUUUUGUUUUGAGACAAGGUCUUGCUCUGUCUCCCAGGCUGGAGUGCAGUGGCACAAUCUCAGCUCAUUGCAACCUCUGCUUCCUAGGCUCAAGCACUCUGCCCACCUCAGCCUCCAGAGUAGCUGGAAAUACAGGCAUGCACCACCACAACUGGGUAAUUUUUGUAUUUUCUGUAGAGAGUGUUUUACCUUUUUGCCCAGUCUGAUCUCAAAGUCCUGGGCUCAGGCGAUCCACUUGCCUAGGCCUCCAAAAGUGCUUGGUCUACAGAUGUGAGGCACCCUGCCUGGCCUCACCUGUAGGCUUGUUUUUUAAAAUGAAUUUUAUCUAUUUCUCAUUUCAUUAAGAUAUUUAAAAAUAAUGAAAUAACAAAGACGUAUGUUGGACUUCAUUCUUCAGUGAUAUCACUUUGCUGCAAGGAACAUUUGGUUUCCUUUUUUUUUUUUUGAGAUGGAGUCUAGCUCUGUCUCCUAAGCUACAGUGAAGUGGCAUGAUCUCGGCUCACUGCAACCUCCACCUCCCGGAUUCAAGCAAUUCUCCUUGCCUCAGCUGCCUCAUUAGUAGGAUUACAGGCACGCGCCACCACACCCAGCUAAUUUUUGUAUUUUUAGUAGAGACCGGGUUUCACCAUGUUGUUCAGGCUGGUCUCAAACUCCUGACCUCCUGAUCCACCCACCUCGGCCUCCCAAAGUGCUGGAAUUACAGGCGUGAGCCACUGCACCUGGCCUGUAUUUUUUUCUUUAGUAGAGAUAGGGUUUUACUGUUUGCCAGGAUGGUCUCGAUCUCCAGACCUCGUGAUCCGCCCGCCUUAGCCUCCCAAAGUACUGGGAUUAUAGAUAGGUGUGAGCCAACGCACCCUGGCCACUUUGUGUCUUUGCAACAUUUUUUAGAUAUGUAUUUGUGUUUUUUGGGGAGCAUAAUUUGCAAAUGGAAUCUCUGUUAUUUUCCUAACAUGCUUGGUGGAUACAAGAGUUAAGACUUCCUGUUCCGUUUAGUGUAACAAAAGAAAGUUAAGAAAUGUGGAUAAAAGAUUGUAAGUUAGAAAUGGCAAGAUAAUCAGCUAUAUGAAGAAUCUUGGCCGCGUGUGGUGGCUGAGGCCUGUAAUCCCAGCACUUUGGGAGGCUAAGGUGGGCGGAUCAGAAGGUCAGGAGUUCAAGACCACCCUGGUCAAUAUGGUGAAUUCCUGUCUGUACUAAAAAUACAAAAAUUAGUCAGGUAUGGUGACGGGUGCCUGUAGUCCCAGCUACUUGGGAGGCUGAGGCGGGAAAAUCAGUUGAACCUGGGAGGUGGAGGGUGCAUUGACCCAAUAUUGCACCAGUGCACUCCAAUCUGGUGACAGAGACAUCAUCUCAAAAAAAACAAAAAUCUCAAUCCAUAAAUGUUACAUUUUACAAUUUUAUAACAGCAUGUUAUAUAGGCACAGAUAUUAUCCCUAAAAGUUUUUUUUUUUUGAGUUACAGUCUCAGUCUGUCACCCAGGCUGAAGUGCAAUGGCGUGGUCUCAGCUCACUGCAACCUCCACCUCCCAGGUUCAACUGCCUCUCUUGCCUCAGCCUCCCAAGUAGCUGGGCCUACAGGUUCCUGCCACCAGGCCCAGCUAAUUUUUGUAUUUUUAGUAGAGGUGGGCUUUCACUACAUUAGCCAGGUAGGUCUCAAACUUCUGACCUCAUGAUCCACCCCCCUCGGCCUCCUAAAGUGCUGCGAUUACAGGCUUCUGCCACCGCACUCGGCUUAUCCCUAGAAAUCCUAUGAUAGCAUGAUGUAUAGGCACCUAAAGGUAUGACACUUGAGAAAUGUGAAUAAAAGAUUGUAAGUUACAAAUAGCAAGGUACAAUCAGAUGUUAACAGUCUCAACCCCUAAAUGUCGCCUUGUAUUACAGCAUGUUAUAUAAGCGCAUAUAGGCACAUAUAUGAAACAGUGAUACUUCAUUCUCAGUUGUGGGCAGCAAGCCACCCAGGCGCCGAGGCAAGAGACUAAGGACACGAGCUGUUCCAGCAUAAUAAAAUAUAAAACAAGAAUAGUCAUACCAGAUAUAGAUCUUAGAUAUGAUUAUAUAUGAAUAUCAUUAAUCAUUAGUUGGUAGUAAUUACUCUUUAUCCCAAUAUUAUAAUAAUCCCUGCUCUAUAAUCAUAACCUAGGAAAAACCAGGCCAUACAGAGAUAGGAGCUGAGGGGACACAGUGAGGUGUGACCGGAAGACAAGAGUGCGAGCCUUCUGUUAUGCCCAGACAGGGCCACCAGAGGGCUCCUCGGUCUAGCAGUGACGCCAGCAUCUGGGAAGAUGCCCGUUGCCAGGGGGACCAUGGUCUAGUGGUAGCAAAAGGUGUCAAGCAACAACACCUGCUACUUAGCAGACCAGGAAAGGGAGUCACCUUUUCCCCGGGGGAGUUUAGAGAAUACUCUGCUCCUCCAUCUCUUGUGGAGGGCCUGACACCAGUCAGACUUUCCCGCAGUUAUCCGGAGGCCUAACAGUCUCCCUGUGAUGCUGUGCUUUAGUGGUCACGCUCUUAGUCCACCUUCAUGUUCCAUCCUGUACACCUGGCUCUGCUUUCUAGACAGCAGUAGUAAAUUAGUGAAAGUACUAAUAGUCUCUGAUAUGUAGAAAUAAUGGUGUAAGCUGUCUUUCUCUUUGUCUUCUCUCUCUCUCUGCUUUGGCUGCCAGGCAGGGAAGGGCCCUCUGUCCAGUGGACACAUGACCCACGUGACCUUACCUAUCAUUGGAGAAGACUCACAUUCUUUACCCUGCCCCUUUUGCUUUGUAUACAAUAAAUAACAGCGGAGCCAGACAUUCGGGGCCACUACCGGUCUCCGCGCAUUGGUGGUAGUGGUCCCCCUGGCCCAGCUGCCUUUUCUUUUA